AAGACCUCUCCGCAGUCGGCGGGCCCUGGUAACGCAACCCCAAGGAUAUAAAGGUAGACAAUUACAGCAGGAGCCCCAAGCUUCGGGCUCAGGAGUCGGGUUUGGCGGGGACGCGGCAGAGGCGCUGGCUUUAAGAAGGGGGAGGGGACAGUGUAAUCCCGGUCGCCCGCCGGAGUUCGGCAAAGGAAAUCUCCAGCUAGCUCCGGCGCUUGGAGCGAGGAAGAGAGGCGGCUCCCAGUCCCAGCACUCACCCCCCGCCUACUCCCUGGGCGGGCCGAAGUGUCACGUUUGCAGCUGCCCAGGAAGGAUCCGGACGGACGGUCUGUGGAAGCGAGCUGGGGCUGUGGUUUCUCGCUGCCUAACCCGGAGGCGACGCCUAGGGGGCAUGCCGCUUGCUAGGCGUCACUCCGCCGGGCUCCGACUGCCUUAGCUCGCUGUGUCACCUGAAGCAGCCUUACGGUCGGUCGCCGGUUCCUUGAACACACCCGUCAGAGCUCCUCUUGGAGACCCAUUGAAACAGAAGUAUGGGGCAUCCUCCGCUGGAGUUCAGCGACUGCUACUUGGACAGCCCCGAUUUCCGCGAGAGGCUCAAGUGUUACGAGCAGGAGCUGGAGAGGACCAAUAAAUUCAUCAAAGACGUGAUCAAAGACGGCAAUGCGCUUAUCAGCGCUAUGAGAAAUUAUUCCUCUGCCGUGCAGAAGUUUUCCCAGACACUGCAAUCCUUUCAGUUCGAUUUCAUCGGAGACACUCUGACAGAUGAUGAGAUUAACAUCGCUGAAUCCUUCAAGGAAUUUGCUGAGUUACUCAAUGAAGUGGAAAAUGAGAGGAUGAUGAUGGUACAAAACGCUGGUGAUUUGCUGAUUAAACCUUUGGAAAAUUUCCGUAAGGAGCAGAUAGGCUUCACAAAGGAGCGGAAAAAGAAAUUUGAAAAGGAUGGGGAAAGGUUUUAUUCUUUGCUGGACCGGCACUUACACCUGUCAUCUAAAAAGAAAGAAUCUCAGUUACAAGAGGCAGACCUCCAGGUGGACAAGGAGAGGCACAACUUCUUUGAGUCCUCCCUCGAUUAUGUUUAUCAAAUCCAAGAAGUUCAAGAGUCCAAGAAGUUCAAUAUUGUGGAGCCAGUUUUGGCCUUUCUUCACAGCCUCUUCAUUUCUAACAGCCUGACUGUGGAGCUCACUCAGGACUUCCUCCCGUACAAACAGCAGCUGCAGCUCAGCUUGCAGAAUACAAGAAAUCAUUUCUCCAGUACCCGGGAAGAGAUGGAGGAGCUGAAGAAAAGGAUGAAAGAAGCACCCCAGACAUGCAAGCUUCCAGGACAGCCAACCAUCGAAGGCUAUCUAUAUACACAAGAGAAAUGGGCAUUGGGAAUAUCCUGGGUGAAAUACUAUUGCCGAUAUGAGAAGGAGACCAAAACCCUUACCAUGACGCCUAUGGAACAGAAGCCGGGUGCUAAGCAGGGACCCUUGGACUUAACCUUGAAGUACUGUGUGAGAAGGAAGACGGAGUCUAUUGACAAGAGAUUCUGUUUUGAUAUAGAGACGAACGAAAGGCCAGGAACCAUCACUCUCCAGGCCCUUUCAGAAGCCAACAGAAGGCUAUGGAUGGAAGCCAUGGAUGGAAAAGAACCUAUUUACCACAGCCCCAUAACGAAACAGGAAGAAAUGGAACUGAAUGAAGUAGGCUUCAAGUUUGUUAGGAAGUGCAUCAAUAUCAUUGAGUCCAAAGGGAUCAAGACAGAGGGCUUGUACCGCACUGUGGGCAGCAACAUUCAGGUUCAGAAGCUGCUGAACGCCUUUUUUGAUCCCAAGUGCCCAGGAGAUGUUGAUUUUUAUAACAGUGACUGGGACAUUAAGACAAUCACCAGCUCUUUAAAAUUCUACCUCAGGAAUCUUUCUGAACCUGUCAUGACCUAUAGGCUUCACAAAGAACUGGUCUCUGCUGCCAAGUCGGACAACCUGGAUUACCGGCUGGGAGCCAUUCACUCCCUGGUAUAUAAGCUACCAGAAAAGAACCGAGAGAUGCUGGAACUUCUUAUAAGACAUUUGGUCAAUGUGUGUGAGCACAGCAAAGAGAAUCUUAUGACUCCCUCCAACAUGGGAGUGAUCUUUGGGCCUACCUUGAUGAGAGCUCAGGAGGACACUGUGGCCGCCAUGAUGAACAUCAAGUUUCAGAACAUUGUGGUGGAAAUUCUAAUCGAGCACUUUGGAAAGAUCUACUUAGGUCCACCUGAGGAAAGUGCUGCACCCCCAGUGCCUCCACCUCGAGUGACAGCAAGAAGGCACAAACCAAUCACAAUUUCAAAGCGCUUGCUGCGGGAAAGGACCGUGUUCUAUACUUCUUCCCUGGACGAAAGUGAAGAUGAAAUCCAACAUCAAACACCCAAUGGUACAAUCGGCAGCAGCCAAGAGCCCCCCAAGCUGCCACAACCCCUCCGACCACUGACUCAGAAGAGUGGCGAUGCUGAGCCUGGGAGGAAAUCUCCAAACAAGCCUCUUUCUGAUGGCAAAUUGGAGCCUUGCCCUGAGGUGGAUGUAGGGAGAAUGGUGUCUCGGCUACAAGAUGGAGGGAACAAGGUUACACCGAAGGCCACCAAUGGGCCUGUGCCAGCCUGUGGGCCCACCAAGACCCCCUCUUUCCAGAUAAAGAGACCACCUCCCCGACCCCUGACACAACAAAAGGAGGGGGAUGCUGACAGUUUCAGCAAAAUGCGGCCUCCAGUAGAAAAGCAAACCAUCAUCCGGCCCCCAGUGAGGCCCCCAGACCCUCCCUGCCGGGCAGCUAUUCCCCAAAAGCCAGAAACAAAGCCAGAUGUAGUAGCUGGCAAUGCGGGGGAAAUUCCAUCAUCCGUGGUGGCUUCCAGGACCAGGUUCUUUGAAACAGCUUCCCGGAAAACAGGAAGUUCUCAAGGCAGAGUUCCUGGAGAUGAGAGUUGAGGCCACAGGUUGUAAAAGCCUUGGCCACAGGGGACCCUUUCAAGGUUCUGAAAGUGUCUUCUCCCUACCCUAGUGUGCUGAGUCCUUUUGUGCUGAAGAGCAGCUCCUUCCUGGUCCUGCACAGUCAGGCUCUAGGAAGCCAUAAAAUAAGGGGCACAUGUCAUAGACAAGUGCUUAUUUCUCCUUUGUGUUCUGUCUUCAUGCCCUCAGAAGGUUCAUCUUGAGUUCCUGCAACACUGUGAAUGAUGGCACUCCCUCAGGCCUGCUGAAACCAAGAUGCCCACUGACCUGAGUCGAAGAGAAGACCCAAAUUUUCAACCCUUGCCUGAUUUUCUUGCUCCUUCAAAGGGCCAUCAGAUGCUGGCAGAUUUGGGACUAAAUAACAGUUGGUGCCAGGGGUCUUAUUCUGAACUAAAGGCCACUCGAGUUAGGGCUGUUGCUUCUGUUGGAUGGAGGGGAGUAGGGAUGUUUGCUGAUUAUUGGAGAAUUUUAACAUACCCCUUACUAAGGAUUUGGACAGUGAUGCCAGGUUGGCCCUCUGCUACCACAGUAUGUUGUGAAGAGCCACUUUGCUUCUAUGAGGUCAGACAGCAUGGGUGAUGCCCCACUACUCUCCAUGUGGACCUAGCAAGAUGGCCUUCCUGCUCCUGCAUACAACCGCUUAGGACAAAUUUGCAAAGCAUGAUUUGCAUGUCACAGCCUAGGUCUAUCUGGAUUAUUAUUUCUCCUGUUUUCACCUGAAGGAGUCCAAGGAAUCAAGGGGGAAAAAAAAACCCAAAAACUGCCAACAUUACUUCUAAAAAUGGAGACUGUGCUUGUCCUGUAAGAAUUCCAUAAUUGUGUCAAAAUUGUUCAGAUGCAUUGAAGCAAAGAACCUGUCAUUGUUGCUUCACUUUUGAUUUCUGAAGAUAAGUUCUUUGAUCUCCCGAAAGAAGCCCUUCUUAACCCAGUGUCCAUAGAUUCAGAGAUUCCACAAUACCCCUAAGAUGGUAUAUAGAAUUCCAUGAUACUAUGCUUUUUUGGGGGAGAUGAUCGGUAACAUUCUAGUGAAUUUCAAAUGGGCUUGUGACCCAAUAAAGCUUAAGAACCAUAGCCCUUCAAAUAUGACUCUUUGUAUGUUCCAUGAAAUAUUCGAUUGGACAGACCUUAAAAAUAAUUUAAUCUAUCUACUGUAUAGUCUUGGAAGCUGAAUGAUAGCACCAAGACAGGGCUCCGGAUCCUUGGAUGUCUAUAUGAGGGUCAUUCAUUCCACUACACUAAUCUAGCAAAGGGCUUUCUGGAUAGUUGCUUUGGAGCCCAUCAUUCUUGAAGGUUUAUCUUUUGCCCUCUUUCUUGAGUGCUGCAUAUUUGCAACCAAGUGGUAAAUGCAGGCAUAAGCCCCUGAUAGGUAAGAAAUCUG